AGACCGGGCGGACGCACUGAGAGAGCAGAGCUGUCCUGUCUGAGGGUGAACACCAUUGAUAACUGAGGAGAAGAAGAAACAGAAGAUAGACAGAGGACUUCUAACACUGUGGGUCAGCUCUUGAGUCUCAGCAUCAGAGGUCGUGUAUGAUGCGUUUGGCCGAUGAUCAGAAAUCACCAGACGAAGAAAUGAGUUUUGGGGCAGCGUGCAUUUUUCUGCGAGGAGGGAAAAAUAUCUCUAGAGAACUGGCUGAUGAUGAGAUUGAUGAGCUGCGUGAUGCAUUCAAUGAGUUUGAUAAAGACAAGGAUGGGCUGAUCAGCUGCAAGGACCUGGGGAAUCUGAUGAGGACGAUGGGCUACAUGCCCACAGAGAUGGAGCUGAUCGAGCUGAGCCAGAACAUCAACAUGAACCUUGGUGGCAGAGUGGACUUUGAGGACUUUGUAGAGCUGAUGGCCCCGAAGCUUCUGGCAGAAACAGCAGGGAUGAUCGGUGUGAAGGAGCUCAAAGAUGCCUUCAAAGAGUUCGACAUGGACGGAGACGGAGAGAUCACGACAGAGGAGCUGCGGUCGGCCAUGACCAAGCUGAUGGGGGAGCACAUGAGCCGGAGGGAGAUAGAUGCCAUAGUGAAAGAAGCAGACGACAACGGAGAUGGCACGGUAGACUUUGAAGAGUUUGUCAGAAUGAUGUCCCACCAAUGACAGCCGAGGAGUCAAGGAAGUACCUUUGCACCUUUACAGACAUGCAUCCAUAUAGAUGCUGUCUUUCUAUAAAGCUCUUUGAUAGAUGAGCUUGUACAUAUCACUUAAUAAUAAAAUUUAAAUAAAGAGCUGCGGAGAAAAGUCAAGUCGUUCUCAGAGAGAAUUUUACUUCUAUGCAAAGAUUGACAAUCAUGUAUUGAGACAUUUUUUAUGAUCAUUGAAAUGAGCGUGUAAAUUAAAGGAACUAUAUUGUUUUGUUUGAUGACAUUUAUUUUAUAUACAGGAAGUCAUUAUGGAUUGUUUUAUUGAAUUGGAUUGAGUUUUUUAAAGUGUAUGUAUUGGGUAAUAUUUAUUCUGACAUUAUUCUUAUCACUGAAACAAUGAAAUGCAAACUAGAUGUAAAGUUAUUGAGCAUUAACUAACAGUUAGGACACUACAGUGUUUAUCAUAUGUACAUAUGCAGUUAUUAAAGCCUGGGCUUGUUGUAAUGGGUUGGACUGCAUUAUUCAUGUAUGGAUGGAAUCCUGGUCACAAGUGUUUCCAGACAUCUCAAUAAAAAAAUG